UGCAAGAAGGAUGUGUGUGCAGUGUGUGUCUUAGCCGAUCGAGCUCGCCGCGCGAUCUCCUUACGGCUUAACCUGUGCUGGAGGCGUUUCUCCGAACACAUUUUGACACUUCGGUGACAACGGACCAAGAUGGCCGCGAACUUCUUGGUACCGCUCUUGAUACCGCUGGGCGAGGAGCUCUUUAACGUGUCGCAGUUGAUGGGAGAGGAGGAGGUUCGCUUCGAGCGCUCCCUGUACUCAUUGACCCUGCCGGAAGACCACGACAUGGGUGCCGUCAUGACCUUGCGGGCGCAAGCUAUCAACACAGACGCGGACGUUGUGUACAGUAUUGCUGGACCCCCGAAACCUAACGGGCAUUUCUCCGUGGACUCCAAGACCGGCGAGCUGCUGCUGGUCUCCCCUCUGGACUACGAGAACAAAAAGCAGCACGUAGUGACGGUACGUGCUGGGCUACGUCACGGAGCGGGCGUGUGGAGCGACGUGCCCGUACACGUCGACGUGAUCGACGUGAACGACAACGCACCGCACUUCGUGACGACGUUGUACGAAGCCCAGAUUACAGAGGAGGACGACAGACAUCUGCCCAGACGUCUGCUUACGGUGCAAGCUAUCGAUCAAGACGAGGGUAAAUGGGGGACCAUAACCUACUCUCUGUCGUUGCUACCUGACGAGGAAGACCCAUCGGCGGGAGGAGACGUGCCGUCCUUCAUGUCGCAAGUCCACACGUCCCUCACUCACAUGUCUCUAGCACACAGUCCCCCCUCACACAUGAAAUCCUUCGUAUCCAAAAAUCCAAAUAUUGCCGACAAAUUUUCAGAUCCGACAAAAACUUCGUUGCCAUUUCUUCUGAACGCCUCCCAAGAUUCGCUAGAACCUAAACUAGCUUCGAGCGGUCGUAGUCGCGAUGACAACGAAUAUUCCGGUCGGCGAUCCCGACGAUACCAGAUGAAGAAAGUGGCCAUGAAUACCAUAGCGAACGCUCGUGAUAUGCACUAUGGGAACCUAAGUCGCAACUCUACACAAGAAGCGUUUCAAAGUCGCGGACCAUCACGACCCGGUCGGCAAUCUUCUAGAGCAGCUCGUGUCGUCAGAGAGGACGACUCAGCAAACGCCUUGUGGCAAUCCAGGUUGAAAAGAUACUAUCACAGGCAGGCAAAAUUACGGGGAUUUGCUUCUGGAGUGCGUCCAAAUGUGAGCUGGAAUGGUUCCUGGAGUGCAGCCGAAUCGUUGAGCAGUUUACGCGGAGGGAAUUUGUCGCCGCGUUUUGCAAGGAACGAGUCGGUGGUCUGGACUUCUGGCGACCCGAAGCCUGCCUUCAUGAUCGAUCCUUCGACCGGGGAUCUCAGCGUGCUUACGCCGUUGGACCGUGACCCUCCUGAUGGCCGUUCAUCGUACCGCCUCAAAGUUACGGCCAGCGACGGUCAAUCGGCGGCCGUUGCCAUGGUGGUCAUCAACGUUAAAGACAUCAACGACAACGCGCCUGUUUUCCCCGCCCCUGUUGUCCACGUGUCUGUUGUCGAGAACUCCCCAGUUGGAUCCGUGGUCUCUGUGGUGACAGCAGACGACCAUGACGACGUCACGGAGGGCGGGAACGCUCGAGUGACGUACUUCCUUCAGGAGAACGCAAUCGACGCGACGUCGGGGGAGCCUUUGUUCGCAGUGGAUGCCGUCAACGGGACCAUCCAGACCCGCGGGCCCCCCCUCGACAGGGAGAAGACCGAGAGAUACGCCUUGGUGCUGGUGGCCCGGGACGGAGGAGGCCUUGAGGGUUCGUGCGAGGUGCUGGUGACGGUGGACGACGUGAACGACGUGUCGCCGCGGUGGACGAGGACGCGGUGGCUGCUGGAGGUGAAGGAGGGGCUGCCCUCAGGGUCCAUCGUCGCGACCCUUACGUUCCGGGACCCUGACCUGACCAACCGCUUCGCUUUCCGGGUUGUGCCGUUCAGCGGCCCUGGCUGGUCGCUGGUGGAUGCCCUCGUUGUAGUCGACAACCGCACCAGAGGAGACCAUCCUGCAGGCUCUGGUUCUAGUGGUUCGCCUGUUGGCAUACAUGAUGGUAAUCAUGUUGGUGCCCACAAUGGUUCACGUGACGGCACUCGUGAUGGUUCUCAUACUGGUGCCCACGAUGGUUCACCUGACGGCACUCGUGAUGGUUCUCAUGCUGGUGAACCUGUUGAAGGGUCAGCUGGGGCUGGAGAACUGGUCCAGCUCAUCACGCGCAGUCCUCUGGAUUACGAGAACCCGGAGCACAGAGCUGGCUUGAGCUUCAUCGUGCAGGUGUCCGAUAACGGCUUGGAAGGGUUCGACGACGAGACCCGUUGCUCGUCGGCACGGGUCGCGGUACGUGUGCUGGACGACAACGACCACCGGCCCGUCUUUGCCAACGUCGCCCGCACCGUCAGCGUCGCUGAGAACGUCGCGCUCGGCGACGUUCUCUUCAUCGCCACCGCCUCCGACGCCGACCCGGGGGCGAACGGAGCGCUGCGCUACAGCAUUCACCCUUCGGGAGACCCGCACGGGCACUUCGCUGUGGACGGGCGCGGGGCCGUCCUGGUGGCCCGUCCACUGGACCGGGAGUCCGUGCCCCUCUACCUCCUGCGGGUCGAGGCCCGGGACGGCGGCCAACCAUCCUUGUCCGCCCGGGCCACCGUCGUGGUACAAGUGACAGACGUCAACGAUUGUCCGCCUUCACUUUCUGGUUCUACCCACGUGCGCGUGGCAUCUGUUGACGGCGCGUCAGUUUCUGUCAAUUUUACCGUCAACGACGCAGACGACUGGACCCGCGGCAACGGACCGCCAUUCCAGGCCUACGUUGACCCGAAGGCCGAGGAGGAAGUACAGAAACGGGUCGCUCUGACACUACUUUCUGAGACCACCGCAGCGGCUGACGAGGUGGACGUCAUCAAAGCGACGUCCAUCGUCAAGCUCGACGUCUCGCCCUUAAACCCAUCCUCGGUGACGUCCCUCUACGACGAGCCGUCCCUCAUCGUCCCUAUUGUGCUUGUGGAUGCUGGGACGCCCCGUCUCACGUCCACCGUCCCCGUGACCGUCACAUUUACGUCCCGUGGUGGACGGGACGUUUUUCAUCAGCACAUCACCGUGUACGCAAUACAGACAGAGGAGGCGGUAGCAGGAAGCAGGUUGCCUCUGGGGCGCGCCGUGGGGGACCCUCAGGUGCCGUCAAGGACGCGUUUUGGGUGGCCAACGUCCGUAGUUCCUGAGGGCUUCCUCGUGGACUCCUACAGCGGCCAACUCAGCCUUGACGCCUCCCAGCCUGAGGGAGAGUACAAUAUCCUGGUGUCCGUAAUACGGCCGUCUGACCGUCUAGCAAAUGCUCACGUUGCCAUCACAUUGCGCACAAUUGACAGUCAGACGGCUCUCCAGGCCAUCGCCGUCGAUUUUGCGGGUCCACCGUCAUCACUUCUGUCUAAAUCCAAGGGAACGUCGUUGCUGUCAUCGUUGGUUCGAAUCCUUGCUCGACCUGAAAAAUCUAGGCCUACAAGCGAUGCCACCUCAUCUGUUGCUACGCCCGCGUCAGUUUCGGUGGUAUCGCUGCAGUCGGUGAACGCUUCUGAUGGUCAGUCCAUCACUCGCGUGUGGUUCCACGCACCCUCGCUGGAGAUUCUUCCUCUCCUCCUGCACUCGCGAAAAAAUGAAAUGGAAGACACAUUAGGGCUUACCAUUCUUGGCCCUGGCGUCAACAGGGCUGCGGUUGAGGGCUGUGAGGGUCUUUUUCUAACGCACAACAAAGUCUCUGAAAAAUUUGACCACCCACCACCGCCGUUCUCACGUUUUAUGACCAACAAAAGUCGAAUCAACCGAAGAAAGAGAGUAUUCGACCGCGUUCAUGACGUCUGGAAACGAAAAUUUCAGUUAUCGCCCAAAAACUCGUCAAUUUCUUUCCACAGAAAACGAUUACACCUCCGCAAGUUUCGGUCCCACGAAGAAUGCGAUUGCUGUUGCAACCCAAAGGUAGUUUUAGGGGAAGGAGUUCACUUGGUUGAGGCUGAAGACAAAACUUUUGUGGGUCCAGCACUGAGACUUGACCCUAACUGCCGAUGUUUGGAUUCGAGUAGCAAGUCCGAGGAAGUGACUGGUGAGACUCAUCUCUUGGGACUCUUCUCUCCACAUGACUACGAAGAAAAUGCUACUGAAAUUCGCAAUCAAUUCACUGACACUGAACAUCCCUCGGACAACCUCUGGCAAUCCACAGACACCCAACAAUCUAAGGACACUCACCAAUUGUCCACUGAAACCUUUAGUCAAUCCAUGCCCCACCACAUGGAGGUGAAGUACCACAAGUCUUCACCUGAAGAAGAAGCUCCGCAUGCCCAUGCCAUGAUUAACGCAGGGUUACAAUCCAGACUAAACGAGUGCAUAUCCAGUCCUUGUCUUAACGGCGGCCGCUGUCUCCCUACCUUCCCUGGCUUCAAGUGUGUGUGUCCGGAAGGCAGUCACGGUCCCAACUGUAAAAUCCUGUCACGACACUUCUACCGUCAGACCAAAACUACUACUGUUUCUCUUCACCACCACAAAACCAAGCCCGGUUCUAACCGUCGCGACAAAACUGCUCCAGGUCCGGACAAUGUGUCCGGAUCAUGGGUAUGGCUGCCACCGUUGCAGACGUGUUCGAAGUUGAGCUUGAGUCUCAAUCUGCUUACUGAAUCCGACGACGUUCUCAUUUUGUCAAGCACAACGGACAGAGGCUUGGAAUCUGGAAUAAAGCUCCAGCUGAAAAACGGGAUUCCUGUUUUCGAUUUGACCCUCGGAGGAAUAUCCGUGACACUCACCGCCAAUGUCUCCGUCAACGACUUGAAGUGGCACAAUAUCGACAUCUUCUGGAGGAAUCGGCACGUGGAGAUGGUGGUUGAUAACUGCGUAUUCCCGCAGCUACACUCGUUCUCUUCGAAUUCGGCUAAGAAAUCUCAAUCUUACAAUUCUCACUCUUCUUCGUCCCUACCUUUCGUACCUCAAUCUCGCUUAUCACAUAGAUUGAACCCUCUCGUCUCCAGCGACUCUCCUUACCAUGUCGACCCUAGGCGUUCAUCUUCUCCGAAGCUCCAGCCUUUCUCAUUCUCCGACGCUUCAAGCUCACAUUUUUCUAGCUCAUUAAAUUCUGAGCUUUCCUCUGAAAACAACAUCCCAUCUUCCGAUCGUGGUUUAGUCAUCAUCGACCAUCCUUACCUCGCUGCUGACCCGACAUCACAAGCCGGAGAUCAACCUUCCCCCGCCUCUGGUCAACCCCCAGCAAUAUCGUGGCGCCCUUUGCGCACAUCGUGUCGCGUGAGCUCCGCAGUACCCGGCAACACGGCGACUCUGAACACGGCAGGGGCGCCUCUGCAGCUCGGCUUCAGGGCGUCCGUGUCGACGCUCUCAGACGACAUGUCCUUCACGGGCUGCAUUAGGAACUUGCGUGUCAACGGCAAGCUGCAAGAUCUUGGAAGAUCAUUACUCAGCAGCCAGUCGUGGCCAGGCUGCCGCACACAACUUUGUGACCUCGCCAUUCGGCCUGCUAAUUCCAGGUGCGACGAGACGCUCGGGGUGUGGCAGUGCUCGCCGGGGUGGCAGGCGCCAGAGUGCGGGGUGCCCACGCUGCCCACGCACUUCUCCAGCAGCGGCUUCGUGCAGGUGGCGCUGCUCUUCACGCCCCCUCCUGCCUUCACCGCCCUAGAGCUUAGAAUACGCACAAGGGUGCGCAGCAGUCUCGUCUUAGCUCUGCGCUCAGCCUCGGGCGCUGAGAACCUGGUCCUGGACUUGAGAGUCGGCCGACCCUGCCUCAGCCUCCAAACUCACGCCUCACACUACGUCUCAGUCUGCCUCGAUGCCUCAGCGUCAGAUGGUCUCUGGCACAACAUCAAAGCUCAUAGGUACAGCAACACCCUUGAGCUCAUCAUGGAUGAAGGGGAGGCUUAUGCCAAGACUUCCACCCAACCUCUCCAAGCAUACGAGCUCGCCUUGUCCUCUUCACCUUCAGCUCAACGUCGUCAGCGAGAUGCUGUGGUCAGCAGCAGUGGUGCUGUGGUCAGCAGCAGUGGUGCUAUGGUCAGCAGCAGUGGUGCUGUGGUCAGCAGCAGUGGUGUUGACAUCGACCAAAUCAAUGUCGAUAGAUACGACAGACCUGAAGCCCUUAGUUACGGCCGAAUCAAUGUAGUUGGAAACGGCCAAUCUGCAAAGAAAUUUAAAGUGCCACUAAAGAAUCAAGCAUUCAGAACGCCGUAUUUACCGUGGGCAAGAAACGGGGGCACUAUGAAACGAGAAUCUGAUGAUUCACGUCGAAGUAACAACCUCUCAUCUCAUGAUGAUAUUCUACAAGAUCUCAUCACUGAUUAUCCAAUGCUCUACAGCAACUUUAAAGCCGGCUGUCUGGACGAUCUACACGUGGCAGGCUUCCCUAUCUCCCUGAGCCCCUCGACCCCCGCCAGUGAACACCACCGCACGGAGGCGUCACAUGGCGUCACGGAAGGCUGCUUGCCCCCCGACGUGUGUCUGAACGUGACCUGCCCUGACCCUUACACUUGUGUGGACGAGUGGAGGCAAUACUCCUGCAGAUGCAUCCCGGGCUCUGUUCUCAGCGCCGACGGUUCCAUUUGUUCCGACGUGGAUGAGUGCGACUACUUUCCUUGCUUGCAUGGCGGCACCUGUACCAAUGUGCCACUAGGCUACCGUUGUUCAUGUCCCCCGUCGUUCACGGGCCUGAACUGCGACGUUAGAGUUGAGCGCGCGUCGUGGGGGGCGGGGGGCGCUGUGGUGCUGGCGACGCUCACCGCUGCCCUGGCGUUGCUUGCUGCACUAUUCGCAUGCGGGUUGCUUUUCUGGAAAAGCCGACGAAGAAGGAUGAAUUCAGAAGCCCUCUCUCCUCGUCUGACCCGCUCAGUGGAGCUCCCCACCAUCACAGCCUCUUCACUCCCACCUCCUGCUGCCAAGGAUGUCAGGCCGCAACUAAACCCCAGCAACUCCGAGAGCGAAGCUACAUCAUUUGGUGUCAUUCUCAGAAAUUCAGGCAAAGAUCGUAAAAGCUUCCCAGUGGAGAAAGUCAAGACGGCAGUCGCGAUGAGCGACGACUUGGUAACAAGUACACCGGACUUGGACGUUUCUUAUAAGGCUCAAACUAAACGAUCUUCUGGACGUAAACCGAUAAUUUUCAGUGGACGGUCCUCUAACAGCGCGAUUGUAACUGCAACUGAUAUUGAUAAGCCUGUGAGAAAGUGUGCAAGAUAGCCCGUCUAACAACCGGGAGCUGCAAAACAUCAAGACGUAAUAUGUGAUGAUAUACGUCACUUCAAGUAU